AUGGUAUUAAUAUAAUAGGCAAGCAACCUUCAUUAAAAUUUUUAAUUCUCACAGUAGUAAAUGCACGUUAGUUUUCAAAUGUCUAAUCAGGCUACAUACUUUCACAUAUAGAAAACGUUAUGUUUGCAGUAAAUGCACACUGCACAGUGUUUCUCACACUUAGAAAUAAUCAACUUUAUUGAAACCAAAGAUAAUUGUGUUUCAAGAAAGGUCUUUGUCUUUACAUAAGUCAAAUAAAAGUAUCGUCUUCUUUCUCUGUUUUACAUAUUUUAUUGUUAUUAUCAAAGAAGUUAUUUGAAAAAUAAUUGUUUAAUAUGGUGCUCUGGUUAUGGCAGUAACAGUUUGUGUGUGUGUGUGUGUGUGUGUGGUGUGGUUACGGGACAGUCACUCUCACUGCUUCUACACACUGAUGCAGCACGAAAACUGCUCCUGUAACUCAACCACUCCGAAAAAGCCAUUACAAAGCAGAGAGAUCUCAUUACAUCACUAAGCCAACGCUCUAUUUUGCUGAGCAAUUUAUAUAUGACAGAUAUACACACACACAGUCUCACUCUGUUCUUAUGACAUGCCAAAUGUGGAUCAUAAUAAUGCACAGGUCAUAUCACAGUCACUCAUCACUGCAGCCCAUUCCAGGGACUAUAUAGGGAGCUGCUGAGUGGUGGAGAUCAUCCUGAGUCCUGCAGAUUGGAUAUGUAUUAAAUUCAGCUGAAAGUAUCCUGAUUUGGUGGUAAAGAUGCUUUUCUCACCAGCCCGCUGUCUCAUCAUUCUACUCCUCUUGAACUUUGUUGAUGCUGGACGGAUUCUGAGGAAGAUCAAGGAGCGUGUGCGUAAUCUCCAGCUGAAGGAAGCCAAGCAGCAUCUGCUGACGCACACAGUCAGUGGUCAUCAGCCUCUCCAACAUGUGAAGGAGGGAAGGAUUCACCAGCAGCUGAACCACUUCAACCGACAAGAUGUUAGCACCUUCCCUCAGAGGUUCUUUGUGAAUGAGGCGUACUGGCAGUGUCCUGAUGGUCCAGUGUUCCUCUUCAUCGGAGGGGAAGGGCCCAUCUUUGAGUUCGAUGUUCUGGGAGGUCACCAUGUUGACAUGGCUGAAAAGCAUGGAGCUCUGCUAUUGGUUCUGGAGCAUCGUUUCUACGGUGACAGCAUCAACCCUGACGGCCUCAAAACUGAGAACCUGGCAGACCUAAGCAGCCAGCAGGCGCUUGCUGACUUGGCUGUAUUCCACCAGUACAUCAGCCAAAGCUUCAAUCUGAGCCACAGGAACACCUGGAUCAGCUUCGGAGGCUCGUACUCAGGAGCUCUGUCCGCCUGGUUCAGAGGAAAGUUUCCCCAUCUGGUGUACGGAGCUGUGGCCUCCUCUGCUCCUGUCAGGGCUAAGUUGGACUUCUCUGCCUACACCAAUACUGUUGGCUUGAGUCUCAUGAACGAAGCAGUUGGUGGCUCCAAAAAGUGUCUGGCUGGUGUGCGGGAAGCCUUUGCUGCUGUGGAAGCAGCACUGAUGGGCGGUAAUGCCAGCCAGGUGGCCGUGGACUUUGGCUGCUGUCAGAUCCCCAAGGAUCUUGAUGAUCAGAUUGAGCUGAUGCAAAACUUGGCCGACAUUGUCAUGGGAACAGUGCAGUACAAUGAAGAAGGGGUGCUCAUGUCUAUUAAUGAGCUCUGUAGUGUUAUGACCAAUAAGAGCGAGGCAGAUGAUCAGGACAUUGAGGCUUACAACCGCCUUGUUAAACUUGCACAGAUCUACUAUUCCACCAGUGAGGAACCAUGUCUGGACAUCUCCCAUGAGAAAACAGUGAAGGAUCUGAUGGACACGUCCCUCCACUCAGGCAGGAGAGCAGAGAGACAGUGGACCUAUCAGACCUGCACUGAGUUUGGCUUCUACCAGACUUGCGAGGAUGCCACUUGUCCGUUCUCUGGGAUGCUGACCCUGCAGGCCCAGACUGAAGUCUGUCCCAUGCUGUUUGGCAUUUCCCACCAUUCCCUGCCUGGACGCAUUGCCUUCACGAACAAUUAUUAUGGAGGAGACAACCCACACACACACAGGGUCCUCUAUGUCAACGGUGGAAUUGACCCAUGGAAGGAACUGUCAGUGGUCCAGGACAGGGCUGAAGAGGGAGAAGAAGCCCAGACCAUUUUCAUCAAGGACACUGCUCACUGUGCUGAUAUGAUGAGUGGAAGAGUCACAGACCGCUGCUCGCUCAAGAGAGCCAGAGAGGAGAUUGAGAAACACGUGGUCAGUUGGCUGAAGAUGGCUGCCCAGGAGAAGAUGGAGAAAAGAACGGUCUGAUCAGAUCACAUUAUAACCUGAUCAGCUCUUAUCACUGUUCCCUGAAACUGAUAAGAAGCAGUUAAUGAGCUGGUGUGUCUGGCUGCUCUGCUUCACCAUCAUCCUCAUCUUCCUCCAUUUUCUCUCUAAGCUCAUCCUGUUCUCCUCCUCCUCAUUAUCCAUCCAUAACUGUCUUGUAGCACUGCACUUCAUAUGGGUGUAUGUGUGUUUUUUUAGGGAUUUUUUUUUUGGUGUGCAUUUACAGAUGUGUUUCCUGUUUUUAAAGUUACUUUUAAUUUGGGAAUGCAGAAAGAGCUUCUUUUAUGCUUCUUGUCCCUUGCUAUCUUUAUUUUGGCUUACAUACUGAAUUUCUUAGGUUUGCAUUUACUGAGUUUAUGAGUGUUUAUAUUUAUAAUAACAAUGAUUGACUGGAUGUUUCCUACAUAUUAGCUUUUGUGUCUAGCCAGUAAAAUAUAAUGUUAUGGUUUGUUUUGUACAAUAUUCAUCAGUUGCCAUUACCUUGUAGUGUCACUAGGGUGCGAUAUUGCUACAUGUGUGUCAUGUGUGUCAUUUCUUAAUCCUCAUUUUUUCUAAAACACCAGGAAUCAAAACUGAGACACCAGUGUGGCAAACAAUUCUGUCUGUUGU